GUCACUACUAGCAGGAAAAAUCUCUGUCUUCGCUGACUCUCCUUGCUGAUUAGUUCGCCAGUCCGCGAACAGUGCUCAAGACAGACUGAUUCAGGACCUUGCUAGUGAGAAGAGUGAGUUUUAAGACGAUGUUCAAACCAGCUCAGUACUCUGCAAACGACGAACUGCCGCGUCACGAGACCACCGAAUUCAUUCAGGAGUAUUCCAAUGAAAUUGGUCAAAUGUCAGGACGGUGCCUUGAUGUCGGAUGCGGACCCUGCGACCUAGUCAUCGAAUCUCUCCUUCCAAUACUGAAUCCAAAGUCUACCGUCGUCUGCUCGGACGUUUCCAAGACCAUGUUGGACUACGCAAAAGAAAAAUACGGCACCAACGACCGGCUAUCCUUUCUCCAGCUGGACAUCGAGUCCUUGGCGCUGGAAAAAGAUCUAAUUGAACAAUUCGAUCACGUUACGUCGUUCUAUUGCUUACACUGGUGCCAAGACAUGCGUCAAGCCUUGGAGAACAUCUUUGAUCUGCUUCGUCCUGGAGGUACGGCCUUCUUGACCUUCGUGAGCAAUUUUCCUUGCAUGGACGCAUACAAGGUGCUGGCGACUAUCCCUCGAUACCAGCGAUACAUGACGGAUGCGGACCGUUUCAUUCCAGUAUUUCAGCACGCAGAACGUCCGCGCGAGUCCUUGAAAAAGCUACUUCAAGAUGUCGGCUUUGAGGUCUGCCACUGCAGUAGCAGAGAAAAAACUUACAUUUACGAAAGUCCGGAUGCUUUCGCCAAAUUCAUGGUAUCUGUGAACCCCUUCAUGCACCGCAUGCCGGCUAAACUACAGCAGGAGUACGAAAUAGACCUGGACAUAGAAGCAAGAAAGCACACAUUCACCCUCAACACGGAUAGAAAUGACGAUUAUCAGAUACUGUCCAGACGUCAAACCUUCGUAGUUUACAUGAAAAAGCCAUUGGUCUACUGAUAGACAACCGAAUAAAUAACAAAAUCGCUGAUUGUAUGUAGUUAUAUUCCUUGUUAUAUCGUAGUAAAUAUAUUCUGAGGAUUAAAGUGUGCCAUGUAACAAAAUCCUAUCCCAUAAUUAAUAUCUGCAACAUCAGUGAGAUGUGACUCUCGGAGAAAGUUGGCAAGUCGGUGAUUAUUCGUCUGAUUAUCAGAUGUGGUAGUGACUGGCCAUUCUAAAAAUUGUCAAGAUCACGGUUACGCGAAAAUAAAAAUUAGAUAUCGUAUAUGACUUGCCAGAGUGAAUGUAA